AACAAUUCGGAAGCUGUUUCAAGGAAGUGCCGAACGAUGCCCGGCUUUUGUUGGGAGUGGCCACCAGGAAGCCAGCAGCAGGUCUGGACUGGACAUGUGUGGCUGCUUCCUUUCUCCUACCCUUGGUUGGCUGAAGCCAAGCCUCAGAGAAAAGUGUCAGCAAAUGCGUCCCGGGCAGGCGGGAGAGGGCAGGGCGCAGGGUGGCAUGGAGAGGGCAGCUGAUUUACCUAGUGUCAACACUGAGUUGUGACAAUACAAAACACCCUCUGGGCACUGCCAAGGAAACCUGUUUUUCAGGAGAUGGGAGAAAAUGUGGUGCCCAGUUACCCGACCUGAGAGGAGGCUCACCAUGCUCGGGAGGGGAGUGAAGGAGAACCUACUUGGCCGUCUGGUGGAAGGCUGGGUGCUGGAGACCACUCCAGGGUCCUCCACACAGGGGCAUGGUCCCCCCUUGUCCCCGUGAACUGCUCAUUCUUGCUGUUUUGCAGAGGACUUUCCCUGGGCAGACAGACAGGUUCUAACAGGGGCAAGCCCCAGAACUCUUGCCUGGACAAGGAGUCCCAGCAACGUGGCUGCAUUAUCUCCACUCAACAGCGUGUAGGGAAAUUGAGUCCCGAGGACGGGAAAGAACACAUGUCGGAGGCGAGACUUAUGGCCAGAGACGUCAUCAAGACUGUUCCACACGACCAGGUCCCCCAACCUCCAGUGGCCUCUGAGACUCCCAGCAUGAAGGAGCCUGUGAGAGACGUGGACCUCAUGGAGUGCGUGGAAGGCAGAAACCAGGUGGCCUUGAGGCUGGCCUGCAUCGGCGAUGAGAUGGACCUGUGUCUGCGGAGCCCCCGUCUGGUCCAGCUGCCUGGGAUUGCUAUACACAGACUCGCUGUCACCUACAGCCGGACAGGUGUCAGAGGUAUUUUCAGGAGCUUGAUUCGAAGCCUCACCAACCUCAGGGAAAACAUCUGGUCCUGGAGAGUCUUGACUCCUGGCGCCUGGGUGUCACCUGACCAGGACCCUGGGCAGCUGUUUCCGAUGGUGCUGCUGGUCUUCUUGCUGCUGGGUGGGGCCUGGUAUUUGCAGCUUCAGUGAAGUGCAGCUGGGGCAGGGCUGGUCCCUGCCCCCCAACCCCUAGAGGUGCCGGCACCCUAACUGAGGUGUUUUCUGACUGUCCCCCCCCCUUUUUAUAUAUAUAUUUAACUCAGGAUAGUGCUGAGAUUUCAUACAGGUUUUCUGGGUUUUUGUAAGGCAAAUGAAUUCACUGUACCUCAGGAGCAUUACUGGCUAAGUGCCCCUGAGGCUUGGCUGGCCCUUCUUCUCUUGACCCCUGCUCCCUUCCUCUCUGCAGGCUGGUCCUGUGGCCAUCAGUGGGGGGAGUGCUGGCCACACCCCUGUCUGUGAAGCCUUGAGGCACAGGAUCUACUGGACUAGAGUCCUUUGGGGUGGAGAGUUCAAUUAAGUGGUGUUUGCAGGCAAGUUCAAUAAAAUGUUUCCAGCCAGUC